UAUAUGAAGAGAUCAAAUACACACACACAGAGACACAAACACACACACAUAUACACAGAAAAGUUAACCAAAACUGUGGGAUGCCUCUCGCUCUUCUUAUCUGAUCUUAGUUAAGGUGAUCACCACAGAUGGUGCGCUGUCAUUUUAGGCGGGUUAGCAAAGAGGAGCAUUUCAACAUGACACACAUCAUCGCUUUCCUGUUUCUGCUCACUCUUGUUGAGGCGAAUGCAUCCAGCACAAAUGUCACGCUCCGCCGAGAAAAACGGGAUGCUGUUCUCAUUCGUUCAAAAAGAAGAUGGGUUCUGUCUACCAUUGAUCUUGAAGAGAACAUGCCAGGACCUUUCCCUGUUAUAGUAACACGGAUGUUCAAUGACAAAGAAACCGACUACAAACUCAAGUUUCAAAUCAGAGGAGAAGGGGUAGACUUAGACCCAAAGGGUUUGUUUAGCAUUGACGAGAAUGAGGGAUAUGUGUACGUGCACCGGCCCGUCGACAGGGAGCUGAAGCCCGUCUAUCACCUGGACUUUGAUGUCCUGGACAAGUUGACUGGUGCUCCGGUGGACCUAACGCUGUCUUUUAAUGUGGAAAUACAUGACAAAAAUGAUAAUCCACCUGAAUUUACUCCUCAGACCUUUCGUCAAAAAGUUCCCGAAAACACAAAAGAAGGCACACUUCAAGUAACACUCCAAGCUCAUGACAUCGAUCAGAAAGGCACUCCUAACUCUCAGUUCACCAUGAGAUUGGUGUCACAAGAACCUGCUCUCCCAAAGUUAACCCUUCAAGACAUCACAGGAACAACAACAAUCAAACAGCUCAGCCUCACCGGAUGCUUUGAUUAUGAUAAAGCUAAAGAAUAUAAAGUGUGUGUUGAAGCCAAGGAUGAAGGAACACCAGCGCUUUCCUCGACCGCAACAGUUUUCCUAGACAUCACCGACUCCAACACUCAUCUUCCUCAGUUUACAGCUGCCAAGUACAAUACAGAAGUGAUGGAAAUGGAGUCCAACAAGGAGAUCUUAAGAAUCGGUGUAACAGACGAAGACACACCAAACACAUCUGCUUCAAGGGCUGUUUUCAAGAUCCUGAAGGGCAACGAAGAGGGAAACUAUAAGAUCGAUACCGACCCCCAAACCAAUGAAGGUGUGCUGUAUGUUAUUAAGGGAAAAAAUUUUGAGAAAACUCAGAUCACAGAGCUGGAGAUAUCGGUGGAGAACGAGGAGAAGCUGUUUCAGUGUAUCAAUGGAAAUCCUGUAACAAACUCCAGUCCCAAUCCAAACACAGCUAAAGUAGAGGUUAAAGUCAUUGAUGUGAACGAUCCCCCUGAGUUUAAAAGGACCCUAGAGACCGUAUACAGAAAUGAAAACAUGGAUCCAGGAGAUGUACUGUUUACCCCCGAGGUGAAGGAUGAAGACUCUGACAUUAACAAUAUCAGCUACAAGUUAGUGCAAGAUCCAGCCAAAUGGGUGACUGUUGAUCCAAAGACUGGAAAGGUCACUACAGUUCAGAAGAUGGACCGGGAGUCCUCAUAUGUCAAAAAUAACACCUACAGCAUUGUGAUCCUUGCUUUAGAUGAUGGGAAGCCACAGGGCACAGGUACGUGCACCGUACAGAUACAUCUGGGUGAUGUGAAUGAUAAUGCCCCAGUUCUGCUCAACAAGGGCGCGGUCUUGUGCGGGAACAAGGUCGACCGUGUCCAAAUAAAAGCAGAAGACAAGGACGAAAAUCCAUACAAGGGUCCGUUUACCUUUUCUCUGAUGGGGGACAAGGAACUUAAAGAUCUCUGGAAGUUUGAUCCUACCACAGGGGACAGCACUUCUCUGAUAAGUUUGAAGAGUUUGCCAUAUGGAAACUACUCCAUUCCCUUCAAGAUCCAGGAUCAGCAGGCCUUGGCAGCAGAAGAGUGUUUUUAUGUGGUUGUUUGUGACUGCACUGAAGCGGGUGUUUGUCGCGGACGCCAAGCGCCCUACUCCAAGUUAGGUGCGGCAGCCAUCGGCCUUCUGAUUUUAGGAUUUCUCAUGUUCUUAUUGCUCCUGUUGUGUUUGUUCUGCGAAUGUGGAAAACACAAGAACUUCCAACAUAUUCCACUGAACCUGAAGGAUGAGGGCAACCAAACCCUUGUCAAAUACAAUGAAGAGGGAGGAGGCUCUGUCUAUAAGCCUGAAUCUGCUGUCAAUGCUUUUUAUGUAAAGAAUGUACCUGCACAGCCUGAUUACAUGGAUGGAUACAGAAGGGGUGAAAAUGGCACAAUGAGAGAAUCUGUUGGGUACAUGUCAUAUCCGGACAUCCCCAACGGUGGAGGAGUAAUGAGUCUGCCACAACGCAGCUUUUCAAUGGCCCGAACCAACACAUUAAGGAAUGGAGGAAGUCAGAUGAUGCAGCGAACAUACAGUUCACGAUCAGGAAUAUCAGGAAUAAACCUGGCUGAUCAGCUUGACAAGAAACUCUACGGGUUUGAAGAAGAACAGAAGGACUAUCCAGUUUAUAUAGCGUAUCAGUAUGAAUAUGAAGGGAGGGGCAGUGAAUGUGAGUCAUUAGAUCAGCUGACUGUUAGCAAUCUUGGAGAUAACCUGGAGUUCCUGCAGAACCUUGGGCCGAAAUUCGUCCCUCUGGCUGGGGUUUGCCAAGAGAAAAUGCCACACAAAAGCGUCAGAGUUUGAAGAUGAAUGUUCUGGCUUGUGGAAAUCUUUUUUAUUUAGAUAUUUUUCUAACAUUUCUGUUAUAAACAUUUCCUCGCAGAUUGGUGUGGGACACAGAGCGGUAACAGGGAUUUUGGUUUUGCUUGGAAGCUUUAAUCUGAAGGACAACGCUGCUGAGAAUAGCAACAAUACAGCACAUGUUCAGUAUGGAUUUAUGCUUUAAACAACAAGUCUUCAAUGCCACAACAGGAUAUAAAGGAACUCUGGGAUACAAUGUGCACUCAUGGUGAAUUUAUACGGGAGCGCUAAUAAUGUUUGCUGCUUAAAGUGAAAAUCACAGGACUUCUGCAUUUGCUGGAAAAAAUUAAUUACCUGACUAAAAUUUCUGCCAUGUUUUCCAGGGAGGACAUCCUGAAAUUAUAAAGAUGCAUUAAUUCAGGAAUCAAAAGUGUGACCUGUGUAGCAUUUUUUUUUUUUCAGAGAUACAUUUUAAUUUUUCUUUACUUUUUCUAACCCGUUGACAUUUUUACACUGAAAUGUAAAUAUGUUUUGUAAACAUUGGCCAAAAGGCUGAGCAAAAUAGCUAAUUAGUAAAUGAAAAGUAAAUUUUUUUGAUGGUUUGAUGGAAAAACAACAAAAAAAUACUGAUGAAGAUUACUGGUGAUGUUUGCACUUUUCUAUGAGGUUUGUGUGUUUUAGGAGCUUUAGAACUUGUGGCAGCUUAAGGGUUCAUCAAAAACAAUAAAUGCAAUAAAGAAAAACAUUUCCUGAAUUUUCCAGUUUAAUGGAAAAAUAAGGAGGAAAGGAAGUGUACAUAAUAUAUUAGGAAAACACCAGUUGAGCCCGAUCACAAUGAACAAUACGGACAGACAAUCUCAUCCAGUUUAAAUCUAGACUAAAUUCCCAUCUCUUCAGCCUAACACAUUAUUGCUUCCUGUAACUUUGCACUAAGUUUAUAAAUAACUUUUACAUUUUGUGUGUGAACAUGAAAACAUACAGCAGUAUGCAUCUGUUUAUUAUUUCUUGUGUUUUUUAAUCCAUUGUUUUUUACGUAGACAUGUGGGUUUUAAUUGGUUUUAACAGACAGUUGUGUAAAUAUUGUACAUUUUGAUAGUUUUGGUAUGUGGGCUGCUGAGCUCCUGAGACUUUGUCUUCAGUUUUACUUUGAUCGCCAACCUCAGUCUUUUUAAAAAAUAACUUCAUCAGUCUGAAGAGAAUUCAUGAACAGGAUGCUACAUCAAAUCUAAUAAAAUCCUCCUGUAAUGAUAAAGAGAUUAAUCAGAUUACA